CUCAAAAGUAAAAGCCACCCCCAUCCUUUUCUUUCCUCGUAACAAAAUUUUCUCACUUUCCUUUGUUUUCUCGGAAAAAAAAAACACUACAAAAAUACAAGCGUUCCCGUUUUCAGAACAACCAUUCCACGUAUCCAUUGUUCUUUUAACAAUUAAAACAAAAAAUUAUAAAUAAAUAAAUAAAUUAUUUUUAAAAUUCUGUUUGAUCGUGUCGAAUCGGUUUGAGAAGAUCCAUCGAUAUAUAUAUAAUCAGAGACGCGGAGCCACCGGCGGACGUGAAGGAGGCGUUCAUGAAGUAUUCCGAGAGUGAGAGUGGGAAUGGAUCGUCGCAAAUGUCGGCCGAUCAGCUCCUCCGGUUUCUGAUCGAGUUUCAGAAAGAGGAAGGCUACACCAUCUCCGAUGCAGAGCAAAUCGUCCAGCGACACCGCGUCACCAAGCCCACUGGCCAUGGUCUCUGCCUUGAGGAUUUCUUUCACUACCUUUUCUUCGACGAUCUCAAUGGCCCUAUCAAAUCACAGGUACACCAUGAUAUGACUGCUCCAUUGCAACAUUAUUUCAUAUAUACAGGUCACAAUUCCUACCUAACAGGGAACCAAUUGAGCAGUGAUGCUAGCGACUUACCAAUCAUAAAGGCUCUGCAAAAUGGUGUGAGGGUAAUAGAACUAGAUUUAUGGCCAAAUUCUGAAAAAGAUGACAUUCAUGUUCUUCAUGGAAGGACCUUAACGGCUCCUGUGACACUCAUCAAAUGCUUGCAGUCCAUUAAAGAAUAUGCUUUUGUUAAAUCUCCAUACCCUGUUAUAGUAACUUUGGAGGACCACCUUACAGCGGACCUUCAAGCUAAGGUUGCAGAGAUGGUCAUUGAAACAUUUGGAGAACUAUUAUAUUACCCUGCGUCAGGGUGCUUGGAAGAAUUCCCUUCACCAGAAGCCUUAAAGCAUCGGAUUAUUCUUUCAACCAAACCACCAAAAGAAUAUCUUGAAUCUGAGGGUCCAACUGAGAAGGAUUCAUCUACUGAAGCAGCAUCGGGAAAGGAGUCACCAGACCUUGCAGCUGAGCUGGAUCCUGAUGACAGCGACGACACCGAUCAGGAUGAUGAAGGCAGUGAUGGCUGUGAGCAGAAAUCAUGCCAGUUAGGAGCACGCCAAUACAAGCAUCUGAUUGCAAUUCAUGCUGGGAAGCCAAAGAAUGGAUUGAAAGAGGCUUUGAGGGCUGGAAUUGAAAGAAUUAAACGUCUUAGUUUGAGUGAAACAGCACUUGAGAAGGCAGCAGAAUCUUAUGGAACUGACCUUGUGAGGUUCACACAGAAGAAUUUUCUGAGGGUAUACCCAAAGGCGACCCGAGUCACCUCCUCAAAUUUCAAUCCACUUACUGCAUGGAUGCAUGGAGCUCAGAUGGUUGCAUUUAAUCUGCAGGGAUAUGGAAAAUCACUCUGCUUGAUGCAUGGGAUGUUCAGAUCCAAUGGAGAGUGUGGUUAUGUGAAGAAACCUGAUUUUCUCAUGAUGAACGGUCCAAAUAAUGAGGUAUUUAAUCCUAUAACAGCACUGCUGGUGAAGAAAACUUUAAAGGUGAGAGUAUACAUGGGAUAUGGAUGGCAUCUAGAUUUUAGCCUUACACACUUUGAUUCAUACUCACCCCCAGACUUCUACACAAAGGUUUAUAUAGUAGGAGUGCCAGCAGAUGAAGCCAAGAAGAAAACGAAGGUAAUUGAUGAUGACUGGACACCUGUUUGGGAUGAAGAAUUCAUAUUUCCAUUGACGGUUCCAGAGCUGGCUCUGCUUCGAAUUGAAGUACGAGAACACGACAGAUCGGAGAAGGAUGACUUUGGUGGGCAGACGUGUUUGCCUGUCUCAGAGCUGAGACCAGGGAUCAGGGCAGUCCCUCUGUAUGAAAAAAAUGGAGAGAAACUUAAGUCUUCAAAGCUUCUUAUGCAGUUUCAGUUUGUUUGAAUUCCACGGUCUUUGCAGAUGCAUGCACAUGCAUGCACAUGUUGGUGUAUUAUAUAUUAGUAUAUGCUUCAAUUUUGUUAGAAAUAAAAAUAAAAACUAAAGAAAACAGAAUUUGAUGGAUGAGGACGGGUCUCUUCUAUGCCCUUUUGCUUUCUUUUGUUCAUUGAAGCUAUGGUAAGGAAUUUUGCAGGCCAGACUCUGCAAAUGCAAAAUA